AUGGUCAACGGAAUCUUCGCCGCCGACUUGGCCCUCUACAUCCCCCUCUUCCCUCUCGUCAUCUACAACUUCUACACCCACCGCUGGGCCGGCUUUCUAGCCUGGUACGGCCUCGGCAUCUUCUGUGCAAUCCGCAUCGUCGCCGGCGCCAUCGGCGCCUCCAACGAACAGAGCGUAGCAGCCAACAUCCUCACGGGGAUCGGGACAUCGCCGCUAAUCCUCGCGAUCGAUGGGCUCGUGCACGAGGCCCGCACCCACCGCAACCCACACCAAACAACAGGAAAAUGGCUCGGCUGGGCCGUCAUCUACAUAAUCACCGGCCUAAUGGCCGCCGCCAUCGCGCUUACCGUCACCGGCGCAAUGGACAUCUACCGCGGAACCCCAAAACCGCACAGCAUCGCCCACUGGAAAGCCGGGUCUGCGCUUAUGGUUGUGGCAUGGGUGCUCGAGGUAGCCUGGGCCGCAUUCUCGCUCCUCCCCUCGCAGGCGAGGCGUGACGCAUUGAAGUUCCGACAGGGCACGCUCCUUCUCUACGGGACGGUUGUUGCGCUUGUCCCGCUGGGUGUGAGGGUGAUCUAUGCCCUAGUUGCGACGGCUACGCAGCGGAAAGACCUGAGUACCGUCUCUGGGACGGUGGCGGUGCGCGUGGUGCUGAUGUUUCUGCCUGAAGCGUUGACGGCGAUUGUGAUUGUUGUGUUUGGGUUCUUGACUGGGGGUAAAGGGAGGAAUGCAAGUGCAGGUGAUAAGGAGGACUGUGUGGUUGGUGGGCAGAAUGAGAGUAUGACUGCUUUGGGGAGGGUAUAG